AUGGCAGGAAGCCGAGGAAAGGAGGCUGUUUCGGAGAGGGUCCGCGGCGCUACCCGAACCCAGGCUGCUGUGCCGCUGGCGCCGGCGAGGCCCAACCACCAAGAGAUGGUGAACCUGCAGUGCUACACCCUGAUCCUCACAGCCCACCUGAAGAGGAACUGUCAGUGCAGGCCUGAAGAGUGCGUCGAUCUUCUGGGUGAAACGGGGGCCCCGAGGAAACUGGGCAAAGUGGAAAAUACUGCAUUUGAAUUCACCAGUAAAUGCCUACGGGAAAGGGAGUGCUACAUCCUGAUCAGUGUCAUCCCCAAAGAAAGCUCUGAAGCUAUCUGCUACGAAUCCCUGCGAGAGAACCUGGGGAAACACUACCCUGACCUAGCAGUCCAGAAGUGA